AGUGGGGGAACCAAGAAAGAAGAAGGCUCGUCAGCGGUGGAGGGAGCGGUGCCAACUAAAUGACGGUGUCCACCCCAGCGAAGCUGCUCUGGGCUAGGCUACCAUCAUUCAUGGGCCUGAGAGACGCACUCUGGGGGAAUUACGGUAUGACAAGGUUCAAGAUUAUUGUCGAGCAGGCGAUUAUAGCGGUGUUUCUACUCCUGACGCUGGCGAGGCAGGUUCCCUGGGCCUCGAAGCUUCUCUCGUUCGUGCCUAAAGACCAUGAUUUCUUUGACGUUAGUGGACCUGCAGUAUACUGCCUGGUGUCCCCGUGGUGUAAGAGGAUAUACAUAGGACAGACCGUACGGGGUGCAGGGGAAAGGUGGUGGGAGUACAUACGGUGUGCUGAGUUAGGGACCAAGGGGCAUGGGGCAAAGCUAUACGCUUUUCUUAGGAGGUUUGGCUGGGGUAAGUACUUGGUACUCCCAUUAGCCACAGGAGUAGGUUAUGACCUCGUAAGAGUGGAAGGAACCUUCAUAGGCAGGUUGUCACCAUCACUGAACACAAUUGGAAGAACAGUGAGAGCGAAGAACAAGGCGAGACCGGGACAGAAGGAGAGGGCGAAGAAGGCAGUUGGGCCAGCUGUUCGGAGAAGCACCCUGAUAGUGUUUACGGAUCUCGCCACUGGAAGGAGGAAUGCAAGCCUAAGUACGCUGCUCGAAGAGGUGAGUAGAGCGGGUGGGAAAAACAUUACACUGGCCAGCUCAGGUGGUCAGGUGUGGGGCGAGAAGUGGUCGAUCGUCAAGAGGUUUUAUGGCACGUCCACAGUGAGGACCGAUGAAGGGAAAGUCCCGCUUGCACGAGCCAAGUGCAUGAUGGAGGCGGGGGGGCAGUUUCGGAUUGCCCCGGUAGAGAAGGCAGAAAAUGCACGGCUGAGGGGGAAAGGAUACCUCAGACAGUUGCUCGAGAUGCCGAGGAAGAAGGGGGAGUUGAAAAACUUCGAUAUUCCGAAGCUAAUUUUCCUAUACCGCAGUGCGCGCGAGUUCAAGAUGAAGACAACGAGGAGGGUACUGAAGGAAAUGAUAGCGGACGUUGUACAAAAGAAGACAGGCGUGGAAGUUAAGAAGAAGGUGAAUGUCAAGAACACCACUGGGGUCGAGCAGAGGACACUGCAGAGAGAAGUCGAGCGGGCACUAAAUGGAGUGAUGAGGAAGGAAGAUUUACCAGAGGUUGAAGGGACAAUGCUUGAGAGUUGCGUCAAUAGGGAAGGGAGGGAAAGUGCAGCAAGCACGGAGGAAGAAGCACUGGAGUUAGCCAGGAAACUGAAACACCUGGUAGCAGUGCCCGUGGAUAGGAACCCCGGUGAUAUAGUGGUUAUGUGCCCAACCACAUAUCACCACGGGUUACAGCUGAUGUUUCCGUUGAAUGCGGCCUAUGAGGAAGUAAAAUGCAUGAAGGAAAAGGAGUUGCUAGCCCAUAUUAGGAGAGGCUACAAGCAAAGACAACUGGACAAGAUUGGGGCGUGGAACCCUGCAGCGAAGAUCGGGCAAGCGUACGCCCUCCCGAAGAACAAGGACCUCAAUCGGUGGAGACCAAUUGCACCAGCUUGCGCGGAUGGAGCCGGGACAGCCAGCAGAAGGUUAGUCAAGGCACUCAAUUUCCUGCUAGAGAAAGCGCCAGGGGUGAGACACUUCAACCUCAAGGCUACCUCACUACUUAUUGGCAACCUCGGUGCGGCAAGCGGCAGGGGGAAGGGGAAGGAUGAGGAAGGGUUUCCAAUGGCAGCGAGUUACGAUAUUAAAGAGAUGUUCACCUCCUUGCCACACCCGACGAUUAUCCAGGCGGUCGACUGGUUGCUGUGUCAGUGGGAAGAGAAGGACGUGACAAGAGUCAGACUCAGCCGUAGAGGGAGUGUUAUUGUCCUUAACAAGAAGAGCCUGGGUCCAGGAUAUGUUGAUCUGAAGUUUGCUAUGAUUAGGCAACUGGUCACCUCCGAGCUCGAAAACACAUACGUGAUGAGCAAAGGGAAGAUUUUAAAGCAAGUGAUUGGGAUUCCCAUGGGAAGGAAUUCCAGCCCCCCACUCGCAUGUACGUUGUGCGUGAGGUACGAGGCGGAAUUCCUCGGAUCAUUGGGGAAUGACCAGAAACUGGUACAUGGAGUACGCUUGGAAGACGACGUCACACUGGUGGUUAAGUGCUAUUUGUCAGAACCAAGCAGCAUCGCAAGAGGAAGGCAGAUCCAGCGAAGGUUCGCGGAAGCAUAUGGGGAGCAGUUGCUAUUGGUUCGAACAGAUGACGGCUCAAAUUCUUGGGAUUUUCUGGGCACAAGAAUCACAGCAAUACCUUGUCCCAUCCGGUUUUUGGUUCGGCCAAAGAACAAGAACCAUGACUGUGUCGGGAGUGGAGAGCUUCUCUUCUGUUCUUUCCAAGACUACAACUCCUACUCUGAGAAGAAAGUCAAAGCCGGAGCAAUUACAGCUGCUUUUCACAGGAUCCAACGACAUGCUAGCGAACCACUGAUGGUCAUCACCCCAGUGUUGGAGACGAGUUGUGAACUCAGGCGUCGGGGCUACCCCCCGACGCUCUUCUUCCACACUCUGGCGAAGUUUGCCAGAGUUACCAGUUCCUUCAGCGAAGCAUGGAAGAUGCUAGCUGAAGGACUGGUGCAAUUUGCGAGACGCAGUCCGGCAGGAGGAGAAUGAAGUGAUCCCGCGAGUGAGGGGGGUGUGUCCCCCCGCUUAAAC